AAUACGUGCCUGUCACCCCGAUUUGACUCGGCCCCCCUCCUCCUAACAUUGACGUACAACAAAAAUUGAUCAACUUAGCGCGCAACCUGCUCGACGAUUUGCCUGACUGAAAAAGAAAGUAAAAAAACAACACCUCCACCAAAAAAAAAAACUGGAGACAGAUGUGGAGGCGCGUGGCUUUAUUUUCUCCACUGGUUUCGUCCUCGAAGCCCUCUAUUCUUAACCAGGGAGCAUUUACAUUAAAGUUUUGGGAAACUUUUGCCACAGAGGCAAAACCAUUCAUAACUUUCGUCUUAGGUGGCCCAGGUAGUGGAAAAGGUACACAAUGCAAAAAGAUCGUCGACACCUAUGGGUUCAAACAUUUGAGUGCAGGAGAUCUGCUUAGAAGGGAAAUUGCUUCCAAAAGUGAAUAUGGCUCCAUGAUUCUAAAUGCUAUCAGAGAAGGAAAAAUUGUUCCCUCACAAGUGACAGUCAAACUGAUUCAGAGGGAGAUGGAAUCAAGUGACAAUAAAAGAUUUCUUAUAGACGGUUUCCCUCGAAGUGAAGAGAACCGGGUAGCUUUUGAAAAAAUUACUGGAGCAGAACCAAACUUGGUGCUUUUCUUUGACUGUCCUGAAGAAGAGAUGGUGAAGCGAGUGCUAAAUCGUAAUCAGGGCAGAGUUGAUGAUAACAUUGAAACUAUGAAAAAACGUCUUAAAAUGUUUGAAGCAUUAAAUCUUCCGGUUAUCAAUUACUACUCGGAGAAAGGAAAAUUUUUCAAGAUCAAUGCAGUAGGAAACGUAGAUGAAAUAUUUGAACAAGUUCGCCCGAUUUUUGCUUCAUGUGAGGUAACAAACUGAACCAUAUUUUACAUGAAUUAAGAACAGCAAGGCAUAAGAGUUUUUGUUUCGGUUGGCUACAGCCUCUGUUCUUUAGACAUUUGGUUGGAGGAAAUCAGAGAAGGUUUCAGCAAACUACUAGCACUCCCAACAAAUGAAAAUCCCCCCUGAGAGUAUGGCUACUUUGCAAAAGCAUAUACAUCUUAGGCAGGGUACUACUAUCCUUCUCCACUGGGUGCUGCAUAGAAAGAUAUAUGUACUGUAUUUUAUUGCUUGCAUGGCUUAUUCAGAAUUCUGAAAAGAAAACCUAUGCCGCAUUUUCAGUUCAAAUGCAUACAAAACAAAAAGGUUACAUUCUUAA